CCCAGCAAAGCUGCCUGGCUCCUUUUAUGAACAACAAAACCAUGAUGAAGGCAACAGGAGUCAGAAAACCAUUCAUUGCAGGAAGCCCCAGUAUCCGGUGAGAAAUAAGAAAUACAACAGCACAGGAUGCGCCUUGGGUCAGGGGGACGUGAGCAGCCUUUGUGUCCUCCUCUGGGCUGGAGCGGCUGCCACUCAGCCCUCAGCUCCCCUCAGGGCACAGCUGGGAACCCAGAUAGAAGCUCCAGUCGCUGUUGUCACUUGUGGGCUUAUCGCCUCCGCCGAGGGGGACACAGAGGUGGAAUGGCCACCGGCCUGCUGCCGCUGCUGCUGCUGCUGUUCCUGGGCCAGCCCUGGGCUGGGGCUGGGGCCGGAGCCGACACGGAGGCUGUGGUCUGUGCGGGGACCGCCUGCUACACAGCCCACUGGGGCAAGCUGAGUGCGGCUGAGGCCCAGAGCAACUGCAGCCAGAAGGGGGGCAACCUGGCCACAGUGAAGAGCGAGGAGGAGGCCCAGCACGUCCAGCAAGCCCUGGCCAAGCUCCUGAGGCUGCAGGAACCCCUGGCCGUGAGGAUGGGCAAGUUCUGGAUCGGGCUCCAGCGAGAGAAGGGCAAGUGCUUGGACCCCAGCCUGCCGCUGAAGGGCUUCAGCUGGGUGGGCGGCGGGAGGAACACGACUUACGCCAACUGGCACAAGGAGGUCCGGAGCUCGUGCAUCUCCAAGCGCUGUGUGUCCCUGCUACUGGACCUGUCCAUGCCACUUCCCGCAGGCCGCCUCCCCAAGUGGUCCGAGGGCCCAUGUGGGAGCCCUGGCUCUCCCGGAAGUAGCAUCGAGGGCUUCGUGUGCAAGUUCAGCUUCAAAGGCAUGUGCCGGCCCCUGGCCCUGGGGGGUCCAGGCGAGGUGACCUACAUCACCCCCUUCCAGGCCAUCAGCUCCUCCCUGGACUCUGUGCCCUUUGCCUCUGGGGCUGAUGUGACCUGUGGGGACGGGGACAAGAGUACAAGCUCUUAUUUCCUGUGCAAGGAGAAGGAGCCCAGCGUGUUUGAUUGGGGCAGCUCGGGCCCCCUUUGCGUCAGCCCCAAGCACGGCUGCAACUUCAACAACGGGGGCUGCCAGCAGGACUGCUUCGAAGGGGGCGACGGCUCCUUCCGCUGCGGCUGCCGGCCAGGGUUCCGGCUGCUAGACGACCUAGUGACCUGUGCCUCCCGGAACCCUUGCAGCUCCAGCCCGUGCCGUGGGGAGGCCACGUGUGUCCCUGAACCUCACGGGAAAAGCUACACAUGCCGCUGCCCCCAAGGCUUCCAGCUGGACUCCAGUCAGCUGGGCUGUGUGGAUGUGGACGAGUGCCAGGACGCCCCCUGUGCCCAGGAAUGUGUCAACACCCCUGGGGGCUUCCGCUGUGAAUGCUGGGUGGGCUACGAGCCGGGCAGCCCCGGAGAGGGGGCCUGUCUGGAUGUGGACGAGUGUGCCCCUGGCCGAUCACCCUGCGCCCAGGGCUGCACCAACACCGACGGCUCAUUCCAUUGCUCCUGCGAGUGGGGCUAUGUCCUGGCCGGGGAGGACGGCACCCAGUGCCAGGACGUGGACGAGUGUGCAGACCCUGGGGGCAGCCUCUGUGACAGCCUGUGCUUCAACACACAGGGGUCCUUCCGCUGCGGCUGCCUGCCGGGCUGGGAGCUGGCCCCUGAUGGAGUCUCCUGCACCAUGGGCCCUGCGUCCCUAGGACCCCUGGCUGGGCCUUCCCAGGAGGAGGACAAGGGAGAGAGAGAGGGGAGCACCGUGCCCCCUGCCACAACGUUCAGUCCCACCAGGGGCCCUGAGGGCACCUCUGAGGCAGCAUACACCUCCACGAGGCCUUCCCUCCCACCCAACGGCCCCCUCACCUCUGCCCUGCCCAAGAUGUUGGCUCCCAGUGGGCCCCCUGGUGUCUGGAUGGAGCCCAGCACCCGCCACCCCACGGCCGCCACUGGCCACCGUGACUCUGCAGGUGGGGAUUUCGUGGCCACACAAGGCGAUGACGGCACGGACGGGCAAAAGCUGCUUUUGUUCUACAUCCUGGGCACCGUGGUGGCCAUCUUACUCCUGCUGGCUCUGGCUCUAGGGCUGCUGGUCUAUCGUAAGCGGAGAGCGAAGCAGGAGGAGAAGAAGGAGAAGAAGCCCCAGAGUGCAGCAGACAGUUACUCCUGGGCUCCAGAGCGAGCUGAGAGCAGGGCCACGGAGAACCAGUACAGUCCGACACCUGGGACAGACUGCUGAAGGCGAGGUGGCCCCAGGGACACUUAGAGUUGGCAGCCACCAUCCUCAGAGCUUUGAGUUCCCCGUUCCCAAGGGGGACCCACAUCGUUGGAAAGACUGGACCAGAAUCUUAGCAAUUAUAAACCUUCUCCUUAUGAGCCUGGCAACUUGGAAUGUGCAGGUAUUUUCCACACGUGUGUGGUAUUCCAGAAGUAGAAGCCGUGUGUUGGCCUGCCAUUGUGGGGAUUUUGUGAAUAUUAAAAAUUCUCACUCCCUCUCCCUUUUCAAAUACCAAUGUGACUGAUUCUGGAUGGGGGUGAGGAGUCAGAGCUACAGAUCCUCUUCGAAUGGCUUCUCUGCUCACUUUUACCAUCUAGGAGGAAACAGCAGAUGCUAGUGCUGGUUAGGAUUGAAGUGAUUUGUUCCUCUUCCUAGAUAGAAACUAAGUGAACUAACUAUUUAAUUAGAUAGGAGGCCUCCUUCUGCUUGUCAGAGGGAACGGAUUCAGGACAUACUCAUUGGCGUGCAUGCUUUCCCCAGCACAAGUCCUGCUGCGAGGACAGUGUUGAAAUCCUCCAGAAUGACCAGAAGUGCAAUUAACUGCUUAGGCAGCAAGGAGGCUGGAAGUUUCAAAAUCAUGUUCCCUAGUUCUUAAGUUUCUAAUAGUCUUGGGUUUAUUUGCAAUCAGGGUUUGAAAAGUAUGAGAAAAGUUUCUUUAAGUGAGUUAAAGGUGUUUGUGAAAACAUAUAACCCAAAGGGCUGGGGCGAGAGAGAGGCCAGGGAUUGGUUUCACAGAUACUUGAAUUUAUUUGUCUAAAUGUACCGAUGUUAACACGCACUUGACUCCUGAUGAGAUAAAUACCAACAAGAAAAAAAGUCAAGAACAACUUGCGUUUGUGCCAGGGUGGCCCGAGAUGCCCGUGAGCAGCUCUGCCUCCAUUCGUGCUGCUCUGACUUUCGACCUUUGAGUGCAGAGGGAGGAAGGCCCGCAAAGCCUUCCAUCCUGGUUGUUUGCUAAAGGAUGUGUGAGCGGGAGACGACAGGCUGUGUUUUGAAAGCUGUCAUUCUAAAGCGCAUUAGCAGGAUUCACAGUUCACAGUGGAUCCCACAUUCUGAGAACUUGAGUCCUGAUGUGUGGGUGUAACGCACAGGGACAAGCCAGGCAGGACGCUUAAGGAACGUUUGUCAUGUCUCUCAGAAAGGAGAAGGAAAGAAAAUAACCCAAAGCUUUUGCAACAGCAAAAAUUGCUCAAAGCCAUUUUAAUUUAUAUCCUCAUUUUAAAGAGUACAUUUAAAGAGUACAUUUAAAGAGUACAAAGAUUUCUCCUUAUGAUGUGGUUGAUAGCACUGUUUGUUUUCUCUCUCUCUCUCCCCUGGGUGCUGGAAAGUAGGCCACACCCCUCCCCGUUCACCAUGGUCAGAGUUGUUAGAAGUUGCCUGAGUAUCUCUGGGAAGCCUCAAGUGUCCAGGGGCUUUUAGCUGCCCCCGUGCAGGACAGUGGACAGAGGAAAUGCGUUUCCUUCCAAGGUUCCAAAGUCUCUGCCUUUCAGAACACAGGUGCCCUAUUGUUUCUGGUCUUGCCUUAGCAACACAUCUGUCCCAGAGGUCUACACCCUGAGCGGGGCAGGAACUGAAUGCCCUCCAGGUGCACGGCCUUCAGAGUUAAGUAAAUAUCCUUUUGUCAAUUUUGAAAUGUAGAUGCUAUAGUUCAGAUUUUUGUUUUUUAAAAAAAUGGAAAACUCAAAGUGUGGGGGAGGUGACAGGAAAGAUGGAGGUGGAGGCUUCCCGGGGCUCAGCGGGGCAUCUGGAACAUCUGUUUUUAAAAGUCAUCUCAUAGUCUCCAGUUUUCAGUUGGAAUUCUGAUGUUUAACACUGAAGGGAAACAAAGGCUGGGUCCAUUUGGCAAACCUUCAUUGGCCACAGGACUCUCACAAUCUGCUGAGAUGAGCAGUCUGUCGUUUCGAAAGCAACCAUCUGGCCAUUCCGAUGAUUUUAAAUGCGUGGUCGGAUGUGCUGCUAAUUGAUAUCUGCACCUCAGGGAAAUAAAUGCAAAUGCAACACCUUUGCCUCUAGGCCUUUAAAAUUCAUGCCCUUAUCAUUUGGGAUGAAAGAGACAUUUCUAUUCUAGGUUUCCCACGGCACCCCCAUGUACAGAUCUUGUGCGCCUUGAGUCUGCUGAGGAUCCAGAGCGUCCUCUGGCUUUCACAGCGUUCUGAUUGCUCACACAGCCCAGCGCAUUGUCUGGUCUCUGAAUUCUGCUGUAACUGGCGAUUUGCAGCCCCAUCCCCAACAGGGAUCCCUUCUUGGGGGCCAUGGCAGUGGAUAAACAAAUGCCCACCAGCAAGUGGCCAUUGACAAACCAUUGUUUAUCCAGAGGGGCCGAUUGCUUGGGCUGAGGCACAGCCAGAGGCGGGGCAAAGAGAGGUGCUCUCUGCCAUGUGCUAACUUCCCGGUAGACACAGUAUUUCUGUCCCAGGUACCUGUCCAGGAGCAGCAGAACCCAGGAGAUGGGGAGAUGGGGAAGGUUCCACUUGGCAUCAGGCUCCAAGGCAAUGGAGACUUUUUUGGUCCAAAUAGAAUUUUCCAUAGCUCAAUAAUUUGGGGAAACUCUUAGAAAAACUCUCCUCUCUCUCCUUCCCACCUCCCAAAGCAAAUAAUUUAAAGGGGAGAACACCUCCUCAAACAUGCAGCUCGCUGUGCCCACUCAUUCCUGGAUUUCAGGUGACCUUCAGUGCUCUUUUUUUCUUGUUCGUUAUUUGGAGAAGAACGAUGCAGGGGAGACAAUUCCCUCAGAUAAUCUGAGGAAUGCAGAUUACCCAGGCUAGGACAGUUGUCCACAGUGUCCACAAUGCUUAGGAGACACUCGGUGAGCAUCCUUUGCGGUGCAGUGGGCAUCCACCCCUGCACAGCAGCUGGGCUUCGAGGCAGGGCCAGGCACAUCUGGUCUCCACCUGUGGUUGCUCACAAAACUAAUCACCAUUGUCAGUUGUCAUAACAUCAUGUUGCUGCAUAUUGCUUUGUUCAGCCUCACCGAAGGGACAAAUGACACCAGACUCUGAGGAUGCUGAAGCCGACUGUGGUCACUGUGGCGUUACAAAGCCACUUCUGCGUGUUAUGUAGUGGCAGACCUAAAGGAAGGGCCGGCCUAGUGUCUUCUUCACUGUGAUCAGGCAAAACAGGAGUAAAAGUGAAACCUUUUUAUGUGCAUGCUUAUGUCCACUGUGCAGGGUGAACUGAGUUGAAAUGAAUUUCUUUUAAAGUUGCUAUCAUCUUUUAAGUCCUAAUCAAGAACCCUUGUUUGAGCAUUUUAUCACUGAGCAACCUUUCGGUGGAUAGAUUCGGUACUUUUGUCCUGACCUUCAUUUCCAUAAAUAUUUUGCAAAUUAAGAGAACAGAGAUGAGAUUUGACCAAAAAAAUGACUAAAUCCCAAAUAGCACAGGUUUUUUUAAAGCUAAUAUAGGAAAGCCUUUCCUAUUAUUUUUCUUCUUAGCGUCUCCAUUGUCUAAAUCGGGAAAACAGGAAAGCAGUGCUUUCUAGCAGCUGCGGAAUGGUUUAAUGCCCCCUGCAUAUUUCCAUCACCUUGAACAAUAGCUUUAGCAUGGGAAUCCUCUGGUCCCUGAAAACAUCUGUCUCUACUCUGGCUGCAAAGCCCACAGCUCAAAUCUGUGUGGUUUGUGCAGUUUGUCAAUGAAAAGACGAUGACAAUCCAAAUUCUCCACGUACUCAAUAGUCAGAUACCCUAUUCCACACCAGAUUCCCAAGACUCACUGAAGUGCUUGUUAAAAAAUGAAUCACGUUUCUGUCUGUUCUUGUAGAUAAUGCCUGUGUAUUUUAGGUAGAAACUCUGGAAUUCCAUGCUUGCAUGUUACCCUUGUCUGCGGGGUGGCAAGUGCUUCUUUUCAGUAGAUUUUGCUGUUGCUCCAGCUGAAGUUCUUUGUGCAGAUGAGGCUUAAGCUAGAAUUAGAUCCUUGCAAGGCCUUUCUCUGUGAUGUCAGAUGUGAUUGUAAA